AUGGGUUUCGCAGAUGUUUUAUUGACAUGUUCUUUUAUUACGUUCGUUGUAGUUUGUGGAUUCUCUGGAUUUUUGGUGAUCCUAAGUUUCUGCUUUCGUGAUAAGCAGGGCCUUCUUUUGUAUUAUCCUGAUACCCCACCCGAUAGCCGAUUUUUCUGCGAUAGUCCUCUAGAUAGAGGAAUGAAUAACUCUGAAAGAGUGCAUAUACGUACAGGAGAUGGUGUAACAUUGCGUGGUUUUCUCAUGUGGUCCUCAGGUGAGCAACAACAACAACAACAACAACAACAAGAUCAAUAUCAAGAUCAAUUGGGAGUAUUGCGGGGAUUGGAAUCCUCAAGAAGUUACAGUUCAUCAUCUAGUUUUGGACUUGGAUGUAAUGUUUCUGCCUCUUCUCCUUUAGAGAGUUCUUGUCCAGUAAAACCACACUUUGUUAUUAUAUAUUUUCAUGGAAACGCUGGGAAUGUUGGACAUCGUAUACCCAUCGCAGCUUUACUUACUUCAAGGUUUCCAUGUGCAGUUCUUAUGAUAGAUUAUCGUGGUUUUGGUCAUAGUGACUCUGUUACUCCGACCGAAGAAGGUUUAAAAAUGGAUGCUCAAGCUUGUUUAGAGUAUGUUUGGCAUAAUCCAUGUUUUCCAAGAAAACGAAUUUUUAUAUUUGGAACAAGUUUAGGUGGAGCUGUAGCUAUUAAUUUAGCAUCACAACCGGGGAAUUCAAGACGUAUCGCUGGAGUAAUUGUUGAAAAUACUUUUACUUCUAUUAGCGAUAUGAGUUCCGUUUUAGCUCGUCUCGUUUGUGAACGUUUUGUUCCACGAUUUUCUUUUUUAUGUUUUUCUAUAUUUCAGUAUUAUUUGAGACCUUUGUGUCUUCGCAUUGGAUGGAGGAGUAUUGAUGCGGUAAAAAAUGUAAAGGCACCUAUGCUUUUUCUUUCUGGUUUAAGGGAUGAAAUUGUACCAUCACAACAAAUGCGAGAACUCUAUGCUACGGCAUCAAAAUCUAUGUCUUUGCGUAGAUUUGUAGAGUUUGCAGAAGGGACGCAUAAUACUAUGCCUUUACUUAACGGAUAUACGGACGUUAUUGAUGGCUUUAUACGCGAGGUUUUUGAAUCUGAACCAGAGAUAGUAUAA